AAGGUUGUGAAUCCAUGCUAAAGGUAAACAAACUGUAACUUAUAUCUGCAGUUUAUUGUGGUACAAAGGAGAGGUAUGCCAGUAGCACACUGGUGGCUUCAGAAGAAAUCCUCAACUCCUAGCUCGCCAGAGAGUCUAUGUAUGGGAUUGAACAGUCUUCAAACUAAAGGAUCCUAAUCAUGAAAAUAAGUAUGAUAAAUUAUAAGUCGCUGUGGGCACUGUUGUUUAUAUUAGCCUCCUGGAUCACUUUUACAGUUUUCCAGAACUCCACAAAGAUUUGGUCUGCUCUAAACUUACCCAUCUUCCUCCAUCACUGGAACAAUUCCAUAAAGUCCUUAUUCCUUAAAGCACCACUGAUACCAUUAAAGCCACUAACAGAGACUGAACUCAGAAUAAAGGAAAUCAUAGAGAAACUAGAUCAGCAAAUCCCACCCAGACCUUUCACCCACAUGAACACCACUACCAGCGCCACACACAGCACAGCCACCAUCCUCAACCCUCGAGAUACGUACUGCAGGGGAGACCAGCUGGACAUCCUGCUGGAAAUGAGGGACCACUUGGGACACAGGAAGCAAUAUGGUGGGGAUUUCCUGAGGGCCAGGAUGUCCUCCCCAGCCCUGAUGGCAGGUGCUUCAGGAAAGGUGACUGACUUCAACAAUGGUACCUACCUGGUCAGCUUCACUCUAUUCUGGGAGGGCCAGGUCUCCCUGUCUCUACUGCUCAUCCACCCCAGUGAAGGGGUGUCAGCACUCUGGAGUGCAAGGAACCAAGGCUAUGAUAGGGUGAUCUUCAUUGGCCAGUUCGUCAAUGGCACUUCCCAAGUCCACUCUGAAUGUGGCCUGAUCCUAAACACAAAUGCUGAAUUGUGCCAGUACCUGGACAACAGAGACCAAGAAGCCUUCUACUGUGUGAGGCCUCAGCACAUGCCCUGUGCUGCACUCACUCAUAUGCAUUCUGAGAACAAGAAAGUUUCUUAUCUUAGCAAACAAGAAAAGAGCCUCUUUGAAAGGUCAAAUGUGGGUGUAGAGAUUAUGGAAAAAUUCAAUACGAUUAGUGUCUCCAAAUGCAACAAAGAAACAGUUGCAAAGAAAGAGAAAUGCAAGGUUGGAAUGACAUCCACAAUCCCCAGUGGGCAUGUCUGGAGAAACACAUGGAAUCCUGUCUCCUGUAGUUUGGCUACAGUCAAAAUGAAGGAAUGCCUGAGAGGAAAGCUCAUAUAUCUAAUGGGAGAUUCCACGAUCCGCCAGUGGAUGGAAUACUUCAAAGCCAGUAUCAACACACUGAAGUCAGUGGAUCUGCAUGAAUCUGGAAAAUUGCAACACCAGCUUGCUGUGGAUUUGGAUAGCAACAUCAACAUCCAGUGGCAAAAACAUUGUUAUCCCUUGGUAGGAUCAAUGACCUAUUCAGUCAAAGAGAUGGAGUACCUCACCCGUGCCAUUGACAGAACUGGAGGAGAAAAAAAUACUGUCAUUGUUGUUUCCCUGGGCCAGCAUUUCAGACCCUUUCCCAUUGAUGUUUUUAUCCGAAGGGCCCUCAAUGUCCACAAAGCCAUUAAGCGUCUUCUUCUGAGAAGCCCAGACACUAUGGUUAUCAUCAAAACAGAAAACAUCAGGGAGAUGUACAAUGAUGCAGAAAGAUUUAGUGACUUUCAUGGUUACAUUCAAUAUCUCAUCAUAAAGGACAUUUUCCAGGAUCUUAAUGUGAGUAUCAUUGAUGCCUGGGAUAUAACAAUUGCAUAUGGCACAAAUGAUGUACACCCACCUCAACAUGUAGUAGGAAAUCAGAUUAAUAUAUUGCUAAACUAUAUUUGUUAAAUAACACAAAAGUCUGAAAUUCAUUCCCUUAAGUAAAAAAAUUUAUUGACUGUCUACUAGCAGGCUAGAUGCUGUUUGGCUCUGAAUUCCCAACUAGCAAGAGCAGAGAAUCUACAUUAUGGCUGAUCCAUAAGCCACCAAUUCAGCUAAAUGAGAUGUUUUUAAUCUGGGCUUUCACUUAAAAGUAAAACUAAAAAUACUCAUGAAAAGAGUCUACCCUUCUUGAUCAGAGCCAUACCACUCUUCACCAAUGGGAAGUCAAGAUACCUAUGGGUAAAAGUUCUCUCUGAUGCAUGAAAAUUCAGAGUGAUAAAGUAAUUUUAAAAUAAAUAUUUGGAGAAAGCA